AUGUGGCUACUAGGCACAAAGACUCAAAAACUUUGCGAAUUUGUGGGCGAUGAGAUACCCCCGUAUGCAAUAUUGUCUCAUACAUGGGAAGACGAGGAAAUUACGUUUCAAGAUAUCAUAAAUGGGCAUUCUCACCGAGAGUCCAAGAAAGGCUGGGAUAAAGUGAUGAAAUGCUGUCGACAAGCGAUCAAAGACGAUUUCGAAUUCGUGUGGAUCGAUACAUGUUGCAUCGACAAGUCAAGCAGUGCGGAGCUCCAAGAGGCAAUCAACUCCAUGUUUAAAUGGUACGAGAUGUCGCUCGAAUGCUAUGUAUAUAUAUCCGACGUGAAUCACCCCGGUCCGGACGCAGAGCCCCGUGAGAUACAAAGGGCGCUGGUACGAUACAAACGACCACGAUGGUUCACUAGAGGUUGGACACUUCAAGAGCUUCUUGCUCCGCAGUCGGUCCGGUUCUUUGAUUCUGCUUGGCUAGAGCUUGGCGACAAGGUUUCUCUCCGAGAACAAAUCGCGGCGGCAACUGGCAUCUCCCAAGAGGUACUGGUUGACUCGGUCAUCGAUGCGCGCCGGGCCAUGGAUUCUAUCAGCAUCGCGCAGAAGAUGUCGUGGGCAUCGCGCCGCACUACGACCAGGGAGGAAGACAUUGCGUACUGUCUCUUGGGCAUCUUUGAUGUCAACAUGCCGUUGUUAUACGGCGAAGGGCCCAAGGCUUUCCAACGCCUCCAGGAGGAGAUUAUCAAAAAGUCUGACGAUCAAUCCAUCUUGGCAUGGGGUUUCGGUCGUGACGACGCAGCCUUAUGGAAAGUCUCUACAGCCCUGGCUCAGUCGCCCUUGGAUUUUCUCUGCUGUGGAGAUAUGGUAUCAAGAGGUGCGGCAGCCCCUGGAGAUGGCUUUUCCAUGUCUCAGAGGGGACUCCGACUUGACCUGCCAGUUUAUGGAGACUUUGACAAUGGAGACGUACUUUAUUGUGUUUUGAACUGCACUCUGGCAGCCAAGGGCACAAAGGGUGUCACGACUCGUCUACUUGCUGUACCGCUCGCUCGAUGCACAUCGCGGUCAGAUGGGGCGAAACCCAAGCCGGACGAGUAUUAUCGGCUGUGUAAUCGAAUCCCCCAUUGGGUAGAAGAAAAUGAGAUUGCCGCAAGCAAGAGGAUGACAAUACAUGUACCAAGUUUCCACCGGCAUGGAGACUUGAUUCGGCCUCGGUUGAACUGCCGUCUGCACUUCGAUUCUCUGCCUCCCGAUUACUUCAUCGCAGGCAUGUUUCCCCCGGAGAGAUCUGUAGAUUCCUUAUUACACCUUACGCUACACAACCAAACUGGUGCAAGUUUCUUGAUAGUGCAUAUUGCAUCAAAUCUCCAAUUACCUGGCUACUUGGUUGUCGUCAAAUGCAGACUCAAUUCGAGCCAAGACGAUUCUACAGCGCCUGAUGCAUCGCGCCAAGAGGACUCACUUCCCGACAGCCUAGACUCAAAAGAGCGUCUUCCUCUUCCCUUGAACAGCUCCAAAGUCAGAGAACUAAUACUAGAGUCCUUUGCCGUCCAGCUUGAUUUAGACAAGUCCGAAAUCAACAGUACGACUAUAUUACGGGAGCUAGGUUUCGACUCACUCACAGCCGUUGCUAUCCAUUUCGAAAUAGAGGAGCGCCUCAAUGUUGAUUUCCAGGAAGAUAUUCUUUAUCGCUGCAAAACGAUUAAAGACGUGGAAAACAAGUUUCGCUUCAUCAUGCGAUCUCACUCUCAAAACUCUUCAAUGCUACGAAAAGGCCAGAUCGAAACUCCUCUAAAAGAAGCUGACAGCCCUCAGUUUGGUAUAAUAGAAGUAGCACCAGACGCAUCGUUGUUUAAGCUGCUAGAGAGAGCAGAACUGUUGGAUACUGUGCAAUAUACAAGCAAUACUAAGUAUACUAAGAAGACCGACAAUCCGUACGGAUCGAUUUUCAAUACUACAAGUAACGAUAUUUCCGAAGCGGCUUUACAGCUAUCGGAAGAUUUAUCGUUGAAAGCUAUCUUUCGGAACAAUGCAGCUGGACAUUCUCUCACAUUAGAAUUUCUGAAUGCUUAA